AUGACGAGGGCUCAUUUUCGUGAACGUACGUCCGUUGUGUCGCCCGAACCAAUCGUCGGGAGGUACAACUUCACCUCAUUCUUCGAAUUCUCCGACCGCGUCAACAAAAUCAGCGAAGAUGAAGAGCUGAGAGAGCAGCGAAGGAAUCGAGACACACACUUCAUCCUUCGGCUGGCCGGCCGCGACAUAGUCCAGUUCCCCGACUUCAAGAUCCUCGCCGAAGUAGCCACCAUGCGCCACGUCCGCGUCCACACCGACAUCCCCGUCCCGCUCGUCUACGCCUAUGGCCUAGCGGAUGAUAAUCCGGCAAACCUCUGCCCCUUCAUCAUUAUGGAGUACAUGAAACACGAAAAAAGCCUCGUUCAAGACUUGGGCGACCCCGAGCGGGAGUUUGGCAGGCGCCGCUUAGCCCUGGAUGCCAAUGUCUCGGACGAGCCGCUGGCUGUGGUGUGGGACCAGUUGGCGAGCUACCUGCUGCAGCUGUAUGCCAAGAUGGAGAUCCCCUGCAUCGGGAGUCUGCACCCGCAAUAUGACAGCACGAGCCGACGAGCCCCGACGUUGUCGCUAUUUACAGGCGUUCCACACGCCGACGACUGGUACGUGGCGCUGGCGGACAUGCACAUGGCGCAGCUGGUGUUCCAGCAGAAUGAUCUGACCUCGACGAGCAACGCGUUCCGGACCAUGUACGUGGCGCGCCAGCUGUUCCGGCAGCUGGCGCGCGCGGGCAAGCUGUCGUCGUUCGGCUUCGGCGACGACACGUGGUCGGCGCAGGCGCGGAAGGUAGGGCGCGAGGAGCAAAGCAGGCGGUACGCCGCGUCGCCCGGCAGCAGCGGCCCGUUCCGGCUGUGGUGCGACGACCUGUCGGCCGACAAUUUUUUGUUGGACAAGGACCGCGUUGUCACUGGCUUCGCGCUCGACCCGCCGGCGUGGCUGCUGUUCUGCGAGCCGGGCGCCGGGCCCGAGGAGCUCGACGAGUGGAGCAAGACGUACGCGAGCCGGCUGCCGGCGUGGCUGCGCUCGAUGGAGAAGGCCGAGGCAAAGGCCGAAGCCGAAGCCGAAGCCGAAGCCACGCCGACGAUGGAAAAAGACAAGACUGGCCUAGAAGUGGAACGCGACUUGGACCAGGCCGCCGAGAAGCUGUCUUUGGAAGACCCAGCUCCCAAAACCAUUGAAGAGAACCCUCCCUCCCCCUCCCCCUCAACACCCACCCUAACCAACAGCACAGAUGCCAACACCCCGCUGCCCGCCAAAAUGUCACGAUACAUGCGCGAGAGCUGGGAAACGGGGCGCUUCUGGCUGAACUCGGCAGCGCGCAGCAGCGUGCUGUUCGACUACAUCUACUGGGCGUACCUGGACGAGCGGUUCUUCGGGCCGCGGAAAGUGUCAACAGGACACGAAGUGCCGGAGCUGUGGCGGCUGCGGCAGUAUAACAACACCGACGCGAAGAUGGAGCGGCGGAUGCAGCGCGACAUCGAGGACCACGACUUCUGGCGGGCGCGCAUCGGGCUGCUCGGCGACGACCACCGCGAGGCCAUGCACACCCUGGCGGCGCGCAAGAUGGACGAGCUGCGCGAGGGCGACAAGCUGGUUGACUGGGCCGACGAUGCGGCGCGGGAGCAUCUGAAGGAGUUCUUGAAGCCGUCCUAG